AUGGAUGAGCUAGUCGGCUGGGCAAAGGCCCACGGAGCCGCCCUCCACCCGUCAGUCGAGGUCUACAAUGACCCCAACACCGGAAACUCCUUCCGCGUCUCCCCCGACGGCGCCGGCGUCAACCCGGGCGACACCGUCGUCACCUGUCCCCUGGCCCUGACCCUCUCCUACCUCAACGCCACCACCACACCCAACCCGGGCUUCCAUCACGACUCCUCCUCCUCCUCCUCCUCCCAAGCAUUCCCUUCCUCGUUCCUCGAGUCCGUCCCACCGCACGUCAUCAGCCGCUUCUUCCUCAUCAAGGAAUACCUUCAAGGCCCAUCCUCCUUCUGGCACCCCUACAUCAAAACCCUCCCCCAGCCAACAAACCUCGCCGCCUGGGCCCUCCCGCCCCUCUGGCCCGCAGACGACAUCGAGCUCCUCGAGGACACAAACGCCCACGUCGCCAUCGCCGAGAUCAAAUCCCGCCUCAAGGCCGAAUACAAACACGCCCUCGCCGCCUUCGGCGACGACCCGGCCAGGCACGACUACACCCGCCUCCUCUACAACUGGGCCUACUGCAUCUUCACCAGUCGGAGCUUCCGCCCGUCCCUCGUCAUCCCAGCCCACAGGCAGCACACCCUCUCGCUGCCGGAGGGCUGCGCCAUCGACGACUUUUCUCUGCUGAUGCCCCUGUUUGACGUGGGGAACCAUAGCCCGACUGCCCGGAUCGCGUGGGAGACGUCCGAUGAUGCCGUGAGGGACGAGGAGGCUACGGUCGGCCUUCGCACGCUGGAUACGUACGCCCCCGGCGCGCAAGUUUUCAAUAACUACGGCACCACCAAGACCAACGCCGAACUCAUGCUGGCGUACGGCUUCACCAUUCCCGAAUCGGAGGUCUUGCACAACGACUACGUCCACGUCCAGAAGCGCGGUGGUGGCGCCAAGGCCGCGGCGGAGAAAGGUGGUGAUGGCGCCGGGGCUGCCGCAUCAGGGAACAAAAAGCCGAAGGAUUAUUUGAUUUCUCUGAGGCCCGUGUCUGAUCCGAGCUCAGUGGCCGCGCGAUCUGGACAACUGCUUGGCGAUGUCGAUGGGGACGCGAUCUUGCCUCCGUUUCGGCAUGUGCAGGAUAUCAUGGUGUGGGAGCUCGUUCUCGCGCAAACGACGGCCGAGCAGCGGAGCGAGAUGAUUCCGGUGCCGGAGGGUGGUAGUAAUGACGACGACGGGAGCAAGGCAGAUCUGGAGAGGCUGAGGAUGAUCUUGACUGGACGGGUCCCCGCGGCCACGCAGCCCUUGCUGUUCCAGACGAUCGGCAUCAUCCAGCACAAGGUGCUGCAGGAGCUUGAACGGCUGGACCAGUCCGAGUUCGAGAUGGAGGAGGCCGAGGCGACGAGGAAUCAGAUCAUGGCGUAUCGCUAUAGAAGGCAGUGCAGGAAAGUGUUGGAGAGUGUACUCGAGUCUAUGGAGAUGCCCGACGAGACUGCCUCAUGA